UCUUGGAUCACCUUCUCAGAUCCAUGCAUAUAAAUACCGGCCUCCAUCUCAAACACAAACGCCACGCCACGCCGGGUUCAUAGACAAUGGCGGCCGAUCAGUGUAAGGAUAUCGAAAAGGGUAUGGUGAAAGGGGCUGGGGAUGAACUACUGGAGGAGCCUUUCCUUCAAGAUUAUUCAAAGGCUAUUGUGGAUUCUGAGGAUGAAGAAGAGAGUAAUGGGUCGGUUUUUAUGGUGGUUUUCAGUACCUGUGUGGCUGUCUGUGGCUCUUUUGAAUUCGGAUCUUGUGUGGGAUACUCAGCACCUACACAGUCUUCCAUAAGGAAUGACUUGGAUUUAUCAAUUGCCCAGUUUUCCACGUUUGGUUCUAUUAUAACCAUUGGAGCAAUGAUUGGUGCCAUUGCAAGUGGAAGAAUUGCAGACCUAGUUGGUAGGAAAGGGGCAAUGAGGCUGUCUGCUGUGCUCUGUAUUGCUGGCUGGCUUGCAAUUUAUUACGCCAUGGGAUCUUGGUCCAUUGAUAUGGGAAGGUUCUCCACUGGAUUUGGCAUAGGAAUAUUCUCUUAUGUGGUUCCAGUAUUUAUAGCUGAAAUUGCGCCUAAGAAUCUUCGCGGCGGACUGACAACAAUUAAUCAGCUUAUGAUUGUCUGUGGCUCAUCAGUUGCAUUUCUACUUGGGACUGUUAUGACAUGGAGACAUUUAGCUCUAACUGGAAUCCUUCCAUGUGUUUUAUUGCUUGUUGGUCUGUUCUUCAUCCCGGACUCACCUAGAUGGCUGGCAAAAGUUGGGCGUGAGAAAGAUUUUGAUGUAGCACUGCGUAAACUUCGUGGGAAAAAUGCAGAUGUUACUAAAGAAGCUGCAGAAAUCCAGGCAUAUGUUGAUACUCUGCAGAGUUUACCCAAAGCUAGAAUCCUAGACUUGUUUGACUCCAAAUACAUUCGUGCUGUUAUUAUUGGUGUUGGACUAAUGGUGUUCCAGCAAUUUAUCGGGAUAAAUGGUAUUGGUUUCUACGCUAGCGAAACCUUUUCAGCAGCAGGACUUUCCAAUGGAAAUAUUGGGACUAUUGCCUAUGCUAUUAUUCAGGUCCCUAUUACUGUGGGUGGGGCAAUGUUGAUGGACAGAUCAGGAAGAAGACCACUUCUUAUGGUGUCAGCAACAGGAACAUUCAUUGGCUGCUUUCUAACUGGAGCUUCUUUCUAUCUAAAGGGUCAAAGUCUGUGGCUUAAUCUGGUUCCAGUGUUGGCUGUAUCUGGAGUACUGAUAUAUAUAGCAGCAUUCUCAAUUGGAAUGGGAGCAGUACCUUGGGUUAUAAUGUCAGAGAUAUUCCCAAUUCAUGUAAAGGGUGCUGCAGGAAGCUUGGUUGUUCUGGUGAACUGGGUAGGUGCAUGGGCAGUGUCAUACACCUUCAACUUCAUGAUGGAAUGGAGCUCCACUGCCACAUUCAUGUUCUACGCCAUGUUUUGCUCCCUCACAGUCCUGUUUGUGGCCAAGGUUGUGCCAGAAACCAAGGGGAAAACCCUGGAGGAAAUCCAGGCAAUCAUCAACUCCUCAACUUGAAUUUUGAAGUAGCUAGCUAGCUAUCUAGUUAGAAUCAAGCUACCCUCUACGUUGUUCACCCAACUGCACUAGGAUCAUCUAUUUAAAAUGGAUGGAUUCAAGAUUUGUUGAAUUGACAAGACUUCACACCCCAAAUAGCAGAAUAGUGAUGUUAUGUCAGCUUAAUUAGUUGAACUGUUGCAUCAUAUCAGUUUCUUUGUAGCUAAAUAGCCAUAUAUAGUGUAAUAUAUUCAAAUUAUUUAAUUAUUCUUCUACUCCAUUUCUCGGACUUUAUACAUUUGAUUCCAUUAAUGCGGCAGACAGACAGAUUAACU